AUGGUUUAUUCCCUGGCAUUGGCCAACGCAAUGGCUUGCGGAGCUCUAUCCAUUCUCAUGCCAAAGAAGGUCUUCUACUCCAACUCGACCAGUUACACAGCGGCUCUUGAGUCCUACUUCAGCCUCCAAGAACAGGAAGUGCAGCCCGAGUGUGUAGUCAUUCCGCAGGGCGCCCAUGAUGUUUCUGAAGUUGUUGAAACGUUGGCGGCAUUUGCUUGGAUUGGAGCUCAGUUUGCCGUCCGAGGGGGUGGCCACACCAGCUAUGCUGGGGCGGCCAAUCUCCAGGGUGGUGUCACCAUAGAUCUGAGCUCUCUCAAUGAGGUGACUGUCAGCGCUGACAAGUCCACCGUUGACCUUGGACCUGGAGGGAAGUGGGGUGCGGUUUUCGACGUACUAGAUCCUUUGCAGAUUACAGUCCCUGGUGGCCGAGACUCAGAUGUCGGGGUCGGAGGAUACAUUCUCGGAGGUGGAAUGAGUUAUAUUGGCCCCCUCGUCGGCUGGUCUUGUGACAGCGUGGUGGAAUAUGAGGUAGUCCUGGCGAGCGGCAAGAUAGUGAAUGUCAACAAAAAUUCAUAUCCUGAUCUGUUCCUGGCUCUUAAGGGUGGAGGCAACAAUUUUGGUAUCGUCACCCGCUUCACGCUCAAGACAUUCCCUCUGGGCAAUUUCUGGGGCGGCUUCCUGGCCUACCCGGUAACCGCUGUUGACCAGCAGAUUAAUGCUCUAUCGAAAUUCCUGGGAACCGAGCCUUUUGACCCUCACGCAGCCAUGAUCCAGAGCUGGGGGCACACCUCGGGGAUGACCACUAUCAGCGACGGAGUAUACUACACCAAGGACGUGCAAUCAACGCCAGCUAUAUUCCAGGACUAUGUUGAUAAGAGUACCAUGCUAAUGGGUAGCUUGCGCACGUCGAACAUGUCCAGCUUUGUGGCGGAGACUGAUUCGUACCAGUCAUACAAUAUGAGACAAGGAUACUACACAACGUCCUUCCUGCACACCCCUUCAAUAUAUAGUACUAUCUACGACAUCUUUAACAGCUCUCUAGCUUCAAUAACGAAGGUCCAGGAAAUAAACUGGUAUCUCACCAUCCAAGCCACUCCAGCUCUCAACGGCACCAACAGUUUAGGCCUCAAACCCGCCAGCGCACGCCUCGUCAACGUUCUCCUCACGACAUGUUGGUCUAGCGUUUCUGAUGAUGCGACAGUGGCCACUACCGCCAAAAACCUCAUUUCGUCCAUUGAAAAUGCGACUCGUACGGAGGGUGUUUACCAAGCCUACAAGUACUACAAUUAUGCCGACAAUUCCCAAAAAGUGAUCAGUGGAUACGGCUCGGCCAGUGUGGCAAAGCUUCAGGCGGCUAGUAAGAAGUAUGAUGUCUAUGGUUUGUUCCAGAACAGUGUUCCAGGUGGCUUUAAAUUGUGGUGA